UAUUAUAAUAUUAUGUUUCAGGAUGUUCAAGAUUUGGGAGUGUUGUCGAAUGCAUCAGCAGGGUUUCUGGCUGCUUUCUUCUCUUCUUUCUCGCUUUGUCCCACUGAGCUAAUCAAAAUCAAAAUGCAGGCAGCUAAAGAGCAUGCUGCGCAGACUAAGACCGCUGUAGAGAGAGAAAGCGCUUUCAAAAUAACGCACAAAAUCUUGAAAACUGAAGGCAUUAUGGGAGUAUUCAGAGGUAUAGUGCCGACAAUGGCCCGCGAAAUGCCUGGGUAUUUCUUUUUCUUCGGUGGAUAUGAAGCUACAAGAAUCAUGUUAACACCAGAGGGAAAGACGAAGGAUGAAUGUGGUAAAUUAUUGGCUUAAUUCAUUCCUAGUAGU